UAAAUGUAUUUUAAUGUUUUCAGCUGUAAAGAUGCAUUGGAGCCUUUUUAAGCCGCUGACAUGCGUGAAUUGUGAAUAAACGCGCUAUAAGACGAGAGACGGAAGUUUACAGUUUAUGAAUAAAGGACACUAUUAUAGCCGACUGCAAAAAAUCAGAAAUAUGGAAGAUAAUGAUGUUAGACAGUUUUACCACACGGCUCCUGUCAAUGUGCUGCAACAUGUCCGACCUGAUGGCCGAAGGGAUUACAAUUGUGGAGGACUUGUUUAAAAUCAGAGAGCCAGUCCCUGAGAUGAAGGCUAUAUACUUCAUAUCCCCCACUGCUAAGUGUGUAGAUGCUUUCAUCAACGACUUCAACCUCAAACCCCUGUACAAAUCAGCAUACGUCUACUUCACUGACUACUGCCCAGAUGAGCUGUUUAACAAAAUGAAGUCACUCUGUGGAAAACACAUUAAAGUUUGUAAAGAGAUCAACAUUUCCUUCCUUCCAGUGGAGGCUCAAGUGUUUACCUGUGAUAAACCUGAAGCCUUUAGGAGCAUCUACUGCACUGAAAGUCAGGACCGAGCCCAGACUCUGGAGAACAUUGCUGAUCAGAUUGUCGCUCUGUGCGGCACGUUGGAUGAGUAUCCCGGCGUCAGAUACAAGAAAGAUUCAGGAGUGGAUUAUGCUAAAUGGCUCGCUGAGAUGGUGGACAAAAAACUGGCCCGACACUAUGAGCUGGAUGAUGGCUGUACAAAAAAGGAAAAGACCCAGGCUCAGCUGGUCAUUGUGGACCGUGGCUUUGACCCUGUGAGCCCGAUACUGCAUGAGCUGACCUAUCAGGCCAUGGUGUAUGAUCUCAUACCCAUCGAGAGCGACGCUUACAGGUACAAAGGCAAGGAUGGUUCAGUGAAAGAAGCUCAGCUGAAUGACGGCGACCCUCUGUGGGUCAGACUGCGUCACAAGCACAUCGCCGACGUCACCUCGCUUAUCCCCAAACUGUUGAAGGAGAUCUCUGCCACCAAAAAACAGUCUGACGGGAAGAUGUCGAUUGGAAGUUUGGCCAAUGUCAUGAAGCAGAUGCCUGCGUUCCGUAAACAGAUCGCUCAGAAAACAGUUCACCUCACGCUGACUGAGGACUGCAUGAACAAGUUCCAGGAGUCAGUGGAGAAGUUGUGCAAAGCAGAGCAGGACCUGGCCGUCGGUUCGGAUGUCGAGGGGCAGAAGGUAAAGGACCCGAUGAGGACUCUGCUGCCCGUCCUUCUGCACGAUCACAGCGAUCUUGAGAAGAUCCGAGCCGUUCUGCUCUACAUCUUCAGUCUCAACGGAACGACCGAGGAGAAUCUAAAUAAAUUAAUUCAGCAUGUGAGGAUCGAGAAGGAGCGCGAGUACAUCACCAACUGGAAAGCGCUGGGUGUCCCCAUCAUUUCUUCUCCGAGCCUGUUCUCGUUCAAGAAGAUGAUUCGAAGAGAUCGCUCCCAGGAGGAAGUGUACAACCUCUCUCGUUGGACACCCAUCAUUAAAGAUGUGAUGGAGGAUGUGGUGGAAAAUAAACUGGACUCGAGAGACUGGCCGCACGUGUCCGAGUGUCCUUCUGCAUGGAAUGGAUCCAGAGCUGUUAGUGCAAGACAGAAAAAGCCGGGCUCUCAGGACGACUACAGAAACGGCUCCCGCAUCAUCAUCUUCGUCCUGGGCGGGGUCAGCUACUCUGAGAUGCGCUCUGCUUAUGAGGUCACGGAGGCCAGCAAGUCCUGCACGGUCAUCAUCGGUUCUACUCACAUGCUGACUCCAGCCAAACUUCUGAAGGACAUACGAGACCUGAACAAAAAACCCAUGGAGAAAUUCACGACAGAGGAUGAGACCCACAGGAGCUAAACGGAGAGACACUGAAGACCCCUUGUAAACUCUUAAUAGCCUCUUCAUCUCUUUUCUUCUCUAACUCCAAACAUACAGCACUCAGCUUCUCUGACAGAGAACAAAGUGAGCACAAUGUGAUCAAACUAACACACUGAUCCAGGACCCCUGAGUGCUCGACCUGUUCAUAUAGGUUUAACUAACAUCAGACUUUAAACCUACUACUACUGCUAACCUGCGUCUGAUCAGAGUAAUGUUGUUACUCUUAUUAACAAAAGUAUUGGGACACCCCUUUUAAUUACUGAACUUGUGUUUCGGCCACAGCCAUUGCUAACAGGUGUAACAAAUCAGUUAUAUAAACAUAAUUACAUGCUUCCAGCUUUGCAGCAAGGGUGGGGAAGGCUCUGUCCUGUUCUAGCAUGUCUGUCCAAGCUCUAUAAAGACCUAAAGAAAAGGUCAGAGCCCUGACCUUGGCCCCACUAAACAGCUUUGGAAUAAACUGGAACAUCAACUAAGGCUUUCUUGACCAAGAUCAGUGUCCAUCCAUUCAAAUACUUGUCCAAAUGGACAUAAAUUCCUACAGUCAUACUUCAAAGUCUUGUGGGAGGCCUUCUUAAAAAAAGGAUGUUGUUAUAGCUGAAAAGAUUACAUGUCCAACGAGCUCAUGGUCAUGUGUCCGAAUACUUUCGGCGUUACAGUAUAAUUGCCAAAACAUUGCUGUGUGAUUUUUGGUUGUACUGGAGCUAUGAGGCUAAUGUAGCUUACAUGUAAAGGCUGUGAUAUGCCUCCUCAGAAAUGAGUCUAAGGGCAGCCUGAAGCGAAUGUUAGAAAACCCCUUUACUUUUUAGUGUCCAUUAAAACUGUAGGCCAUCCAAACUGCCACCAAAAAAUACUGUGGCUCGGGCCAGCCGUCAUCAGCCAGCGUGGGUGAAGUCCAGUGCAGAUGCAUUGAAAAUGACCGAAUUGGGAGCAAAGAAUCACUUCUAAAGUACUAUGUGGAGUGAUAGCAGCUUUUGUGAUGAAAAGAAACAGGGACACCAGCUACUAGCUUCCAAUAUUUUCUCUUUCUUCACACAUUAUUUCUCUCCAGUGCAAAACUAAAGUAGAACAUCAAACAACAAACAUGUCUUGGCUAAUGGAUUCCAUAAGGAGGAAGGGAAAAUUGUGUAUAUUUAAUGUCAGAACAAAUAAUGAUAUUUUUUCUGCUUGGUUAUGUUUCUUCUGAUGCAUUUCUGAUGCAAUAAUGUAAGUAUUUCAUAGAUAGAUUAUGUAAGUAUAGCGCUAUCCUGCGCUCACCUACUCUAACAGUCGUCCUACACAUUUCUGUAUCUAUUUGUGCCUUCAAGAAAAUGCUGUUCGGGUUUAAACAGCCACGUUUCUCUAACAAUGUCUGCAUGGCUUAUUUAACUACUUAACAAAGGGCUCGCUUCAUAACCAGGUUUGUUCAUUUCUCUUUCUAUUUUAUGGCAUCUCCCAUGUUUUUAUUUAAAGGUCGCCACAGCGGAUUAUUCAGGUCCACAUACCAGACAGCACAGUUUUUACACAGAUGCCCUUACUGGCACAAUCCUCUUAUUUCUGUCCGGGCCUGGGAACUGCACUGAGAGUGCACUGACAGAUGCACCUCCCAGUAGCUAGACUGUUUUGCAAACAGUGUUAUUGCCUACAAAGGGUCUUGCACUAUUUUCUAUAAUUCCACCAUCUUUCAUGCAGGCAGCUCCGACCGCCCCCCUUCCAACAGAUACAGCCAGUCAUGUCUGUGUGGGGACCUGCCAGCCUGUCCAUAACACAGCAAAGAUUCAAACUCUGAUCACCUUUGUUCCUUUUACUUGUAAGAAGGCGGCACGGUGGCUAAGUGGGUAGCACUGUCGCCUUACAGCGAGAAGGUCCUGUGUUCGAUUUCCAGGUUGGGCUGUCUGGGUAGUUUCUGUAUGGAGUUUGCAUGUUCUCCCCGUGUCGGUGUGGGUUUCCUCCGGGUGCUCCGGUUUCCUCCCACAGUCCAAAGACAUGUAAGUGAGGUGAAUUGGAGACACUAAAUUGUCCAAGACUGUGUUCGAUAUAACCUUGUGACCUGAUGAAUCUUGUGUAAUGAGUAACUACCGUUCCUGUCAUGAAUGUAACCAAAAGUGUAAAACAUGACCUUAAAAUCCUAAAAAACAAACAAACUUGUAAGAAACAAUGUUACACCUAACUGACAUGUUUUGGACGUUCAUACUCAUGCAGACAUGAUUUACCAUUGAUUUCCCGGCUGCAUUCAAACUGCAUUAUGUCCUACAUAGAGUGUAGCUACUAGGACAUCAUAUUUAGUUCAGUAUUCAAGUCUAUAAUGCUCUGAUGUUGCAUCUGUUACAUAAUAAACAUAAAGAGAUUUUAUCCUACAGUGCUUUAGUGCUUACGCAACACGGCCAAAAGUGUGUGGACACCCUGUUUAAUCUGUGAGCCUAACAACCUUAGAGCCCUUAGAACGUUUAGUAAAGUCCAGGUCUUACAAAUGGCUUUAAUUUAGUGGGUACAAAUUCCCAGAGACAUACUCCAAACUCCUUUGGAAGGCUUUACUAGAUGUCUGGAGGCUGCUAUAACCGCAGGGUGAAGGACAGAUCAGAACAUCAAAUCAAUACCCGUGGUUUUUUAAUGUAAUGUCCAUAAAGUUUAUGGCUGGGUGGCCAGAUACUUUUGGUCAAAUAGUUUAUAAACACUUCUGGACUUUGACUUUUGUGCCUUGUUUGAAAUAAUUGCCUAGCAAAUGUACAUGCUUGUUGCUGUGUUACAGUGUAGUACCUUUUAACAAAUGUAAUUAUUUCCAUAACCUUUGUUUGAACAACUGACAAAUAAAUGAAUGUCGUUCAGUUA